GGGCUGAAACCAGUACAGAUCAGAUCUGUAACACUUUGAUGGUAGUGCUUUAAGAAACCUAGGGAUGAUUGGCAUUAGUAAUGGCAAUUUUUCAACCAAACCUGCUAACCCACCCAAUCCACCCAUUAAUUGACAGGUUGGAUUGUGUGUAUAUAAUACCGGGUGUGGUGGGUUGGUUAACCCAUUGAAAGAACAUUUAAAUGGAUUAAGUGGGUAGGGUCAUGGUUAUCCAACAGGUAACCCAUUGCUUUUGACAUUUUGAUUUUUCUCUCUCUGGUUCGUCACUUCACCAUUUUCAUCUUUCUUCUUUCAUCUCUUCCAUGACAAAGAUAGUCUCCUAACCCUAGAUUCUUCUCUCACUCUAUGCUUGUCUCCUCAUCUCCCUCCCUCUCUAAGCAAUCAAAUUCUUUGUUUCUCUUCUCUCUUUACAGUUUUCUUAACAGUUUUAGGCCAAUUGAAAUAAGGAAUGAAGCUUAUGAUCAUCUCCAUGACUGCAAACCCCGCAUCAGUGGAAUUAAUAGCAGAGCUGCUAUUUUCGUCAGGUUUAGCGAUUGGGAAAACCAGUGAGGUGAGGAAGCAAACUCCGAUUGCAAUGGCGAAAGUAUUGUCAUGUUCUUGUCAGACAUGUCUGGAAGAGUGCCUUUAUACAAGAAGGCAUUUGUUUUCUUCAGUUCACCUACUCCAAAAGAAUUGGUUACUCACAUUAAGAAUGACACAAGUGUUUUACCUCGCAUAGGUGCAUUGAAAGAGUUCAAUUUGGAGUAUUUUCCUAUAGACAGUCAGGGCUUUAUAACUGAUAAUGAGAAGGCACUGGAGCAACUUUUUGGGGAAGAUGUGGAGAAUUCUCAGAUAUAUGAUGCAUGUUUGAAUACAAUGGCCAUGCGCAUUGCCACAAUGUUUGCGUCAUUGAGGGAGUUUCCAUUUGUUCGAUACCGUGCUUCCAAGUCCCUUGAUGCAUCCACGGUGACAUCAUUUCGUGAAUUAGUUCCUACAAAGUUAGCUGCUUUAGUGUGGAAUUAUCUUAGUAAGUACAAAACUACUAUUCCAAACUUCCCCCAGGCAGAAACAUGUGAAUUGAUUAUCCUGGACAGAUCUGUGGAUCAGAUUGCUCCUGUCAUACAUGAAUGGACAUAUGAUGCUAUGUGCCAUGAUUUACUUGAAAUGGAGGGAAAUAAAUAUGUGCAUGAGGUUCCAAGCAAAACAGGUGGAGCCCCCGAGAAAAAGGAAGUUCUUUUGGAGGAUCAUGAUCCUAUCUGGCUUGAGCUUCGUCAUGCACACAUAGCAGAUGCUAGUGAGCGUUUACAUGACAAGAUGACAAACUUCAUAUCAAAGAACAAAGCUGCACAAAUUCAACAUGGCUCCAGAGAUGGUAGUGAGCUGUCAACAAGAGACUUGCAAAAAAUGGUUCAAGCUCUGCCACAGUAUACUGAACAAAUGGACAAGCUUUCUCUCCAUGUAGAGAUUGCUGGGAAAAUAAACAGACUCAUCAGGGAACUGGGGCUUCGAGACCUUGGACAAUUGGAGCAGGACCUAGUCUUUGGAGAUGCAGGAGCAAAGGAAGUGAUCAAUUUUCUGAGGACAAAUCAGGAUGCUACCCCAGAAAAUAAGUUGCGGUUAUUAAUGAUAUAUUCAAUUGUUUAUCCAGAGAAAUUUGAAGCUGACAAAGGUGUAAAAUUGAUGCAGUUAGCAAAAUUGUCACCUGAUGAUAUGAAAGCUGUGAAUAAUAUGAGAUUACUUGAGCGACAAUCAGAUGCCAAAAAGGCCUCAAUGGGGGGAUUCUCUCUCAAAUUUGACGCUCAAAAGAAGAAGAAUGCAGCUAGAAAGGAUCGAACUGGUGAAGAAGAAGCGUGGCAACUAUCAAGGUUUUACCCUAUGAUAGAGGAGAUUAUUGAAAAACUUAGCAAAGGUGACCUAUCAAAGGAUGACUACUCAUGUAUGAAUGACCCAAGUCCCACUGUCCACGGCGGAACCCGAGGUGCAUCAGUACGGACAACUCAAAUUCCAGCUGCUCAUUCAAUUAGAUCAAGGCGGACAGCUACAUGGGCCCGUCCCCGUCAUUCAGAUGAUGGGUGUUCAAGUGACUCAGUACUGAAGAAUGCAUUAAAUGAUUUCAAAAAUAUGGGCCAGCGUAUCUUUGUAUUUAUCAUAGGUGGAGCUACUAGAUCUGAGUUACGUGUUUGUCACAAGCUCACAACAAAGUUGAAGAGGGAGGUUAUUCUAGGCUCUUCUAGCAUUGAUGAUCCACCACAAUUUAUAUCGUAUUGGGCAAAUUUUUGGUUGAAAAAUAGCUUGCUUGAAGCACAAGGUAGGAGCCAGAGUUGAGAGGACAGAAUUGACUGUUCGGUCUGGCAUUUUUCUUAAUGGUGUUCCCACCCUUGGUGUUGUAAUUGAUAGGCUGAAAGCCACUGAAUGAUUCAUAUUGUAUAUAAUGUCUUGCCAUAUGAUGUACAAGCAUAAUUGGCUGCAUGAUAUUGUACAUGUAUCCUGGAAGGUACAAGUAUUAGGCACCUUGUGAGUAUGGUUAUUUAUUUAUUUUUUAAACUUGUUGCAAAGGGAAUUGGCCAGAUAUAAUUUGUU